UUCCAAGCAAUAAACUUCAGAAAGCUGUUUUGAUGGAUGCAAAAGAAAAGAUUCUGAUAUCAGGUUGCAAAGUACUUGGACUUAUUUCAAAGCUUGUCACAGCACCUCUGUGGCGGGUACUAGAAAGUGGCACACACAUUUUACAGAUGAAUGAUCAUUACCAUGUUUUACUCCAGUAUUUGGAUAGAAUUUCUAAAGAUCCUGCAGAAUUUCUAUUGGGGGACUGUUGUGCAUUCAAUGAACAGUAUAUUCACAGGGAUGAAGUUUUUGAGUGUCUUGUACAACCAAAUGAUGACAUUGACCAUUAUGCAGAGCAGAUAGUGAAAACAUUAGCUACAGCAUUACAUUCAUUACUUGAGAGAAUGGUUGGUGAUCACCUUCCAGGUGGAAAAUUCAGUAACAUAACAGAAGAAUUGAAAAUCAAAACAGCUUCAGUAAUUCCUCACAACAAGCUUCCUGAAUUUGCUUUUGGAGUUCUUGACUUUCAGUUAAGAUAUCGUCCAAAUGCUUCCACUCUUGUAAAUGAAGCGUUCUUGAUGUACUCAAUGAAUAAAACAAGUGAAUGGUUAAAAUCUCUUUCUGAUGAAGAGAAAACUAGGUUAAUGAGAGAAAGCAGAAGAGAUGGGAGGAAAUACCGCGAAACAUUUAAAGCAAGGGUUAAAGAAAUACAAGAAGAAAGGAGAAAACGUUUAGCUGAGAAAGCUGCAGAAGCUGCUAGAAAGAAUGAAAUACAGAGGAAAAAAAGGGAAGAAAUUGUUGCAAAUAUAUUGUAUGACGGUUUAUGGCAGUCUGAGGAACAGAUUAAUGAGGCUCUAGGUAUUAUCAAAAGUAACAAGGACAAGAGAGCAGCUCUUAUUUGGCAGUUAAAAUUCAGAAAGACAAUAUUACAACAGAAGUAUCACGAUAAAACUGUAUAUAAUUUCAGUAAAAAGGGCACAGAUAAUAAAUACAAAGACCUUACAAUAUCAGAACUAAAAGAUAAUCUCAAGAAGCUCCUGGAUGAAUCAUUUAAAGGUCCACACAGUGAACGUGAACGAAGAGGAGUGCCACUUUUGGUAGGAAAGAGAAUUGAACAUCAGUUUCAAGACGAAACGUACAUAGGAAGAGUCAUUUCUGUUGUUCCAGGAUAUCCAGAUUGGUACAACGUGGUUUAUGAUAAUGAUGUAGCAGUAUACACAUACAAGCUGUUGGAUGACUAUAGAAACAAGGAUCUUAAAAUUAUUCCAGAGGCUGAUACUUGUCAAGAGGUAUUUAAAGACACAGUUGCUGCAGCAGUUCAUGCCCUGUUGAGGAUGCUAAUCAUUUCGCUUUUGUUCAGGAAAACACUGUUACACUCAUUUGUUUUAUAAACAUUAACAUGAUUCCAGCAUGAUGUUUUAUUUCAUUUAUUCUCCUUACUCCCUUGCAGGGUUCCAAAUAUUUAACUCUUCCUUGUAUUAGAAUUAAAUGCUUCAAAUGAUAUGCCAGCAAAUGAAGAUUCAUUUUAUCUGACAUUUUAUGCUAUUUGACCUUCCCUUUCAAUUUGACAGUCAAACCUGGGUUAAGAGACCUUCAGAUUGAAAACCACAGUAACAAGAAUUGUCUGUUAAUUUAUGUCAAAUUUCAAGAUAUUGAGACUGUCAUCAAAUACACUUGUUACAGAUUGUCUGUCAAGAAUGACAGUUUUUGCUUCUUGGUAAGGAUCUUUGUGGACAGGUUUGACUGUAUUUCCAUGCUAUUUUGCAAAAGAUGCAAAUAAAAUUCUAAAUUUUGGUUCAUGUUAUACUGUUAGUUUUCCAAAUUUAGUCUAACACUUAUUAACAUUUUUUUACACUAACACAGUUAUAAAACUAUACUAAAUAGAACAGUUUUUAUUGCAAGGUGCCAAAAUCAUAAUAUAAAGCACUGAAGGAUUUUAGCAUUUUUGAAAGUUAAGUACUUAAAAGAAAUGCAAGUAUUAAUUUUGUACUAACGAAAUAUUAAUUUCAGUAUGAUAAUGUAAUGGUUUACACAAAUUACCACUCUGGCUCUAUUACAAAUAUAUUGUAAGUUUCCGGAAUAUCUGUUAUUCUUUUUUUUACUAACUUAGGAAAAUAUAUAUUUACAUGUUUAUAUAUUAUAUAUGUAUAAACUCUUUCCUUAAUACUUGUUUCUUUUUAACCAAUCUGAAUCAUUGUGUAUUUUUUUCA